AUGGCUGCCAAGUUUGAGCCCAAAGAGCCUGUCCAGCUCAACGCGCCUAAUUACACUCCCAUUUCCGUGGAUGAUCUCGGAAAGAAUUCCGGUGCGGAUGGCCAGCCCUGCUACGUGGCUAUCAAGGGAAUCGUAUUUGACGUUUCCGGCAAGGAUGCGUACCAACCUGGCGGCAGUUAUUCUGCCUUUGCUGGAAAGGAUGCCUCGAGGGCCCUAGGUUUGAUGUCUACCAAGGCCGAAGAUGUGCGGCCAGACUGGUUUGACCUGGGCGAGAAGGAGAAGAAGACCCUGGACGAUUGGUUCACGUUCUUUCAGAAGAGAUACAACAUCAUCGGGACUGUUCAAGGAGCAACCAACAAGGACCCCGACAGCGCUUUGUGA